CGCUCAUAUUAGCGAGCACCAUAAUCGUUUUCUUUGCACUAGCACUCAUUCUAUCUAUCGUGGUCAGAAGGUGUUGUGUGAAGAUUUUCACGGAUCUGCUGUCGAUCGGUCGGUUAUUCCUUGCGAAACGAACCGAGUUUUAGUUUUCUUUCGGUUCUUUUUCAAUUCCCCUUUGUGAAUUUCGUGCGUUCCGCGUGCGUGUGUGCGUGAGUAGCGCAAGAGCCAAUAGGGGAAGAAAAGAAGUUAGCGAAGAAGCAGACGGACUUUUUUUCACAUCGAGCAAAAGCAAGGAACAGCCAGCCAACAAGCAGCGAUUUCUGAAAGUUGGAAACGGAAGAGCCAGUUUUCUUCAAUUUUUACGGUCAAAACUUAGAGCCUAGCGGCCGAAUACACAUCGCAAUCGCGCAGUACAGAUGGCGUUAAAAAGAAUUAAUAAGGAACUACAAGACCUGGGGAGAGAUCCACCCGCACAAUGCAGUGCCGGACCAGUAGGAGAUGACCUAUUUCAUUGGCAGGCAACAAUUAUGGGACCGCCAGACAGUCCGUACCAAGGGGGUGUAUUCUUCUUAACUAUACAUUUUCCUACAGAUUAUCCAUUCAAACCACCUAAAGUGGCUUUUACAACACGCAUAUAUCACCCUAACAUAAACAGUAAUGGUUCGAUUUGCCUCGACAUUUUACGAUCUCAAUGGUCACCUGCAUUAACUAUAUCGAAAGUGUUGUUAUCAAUUUGCUCUCUGCUAUGUGAUCCCAAUCCAGACGAUCCACUUGUACCAGAGAUCGCUAGAAUAUACAAAACCGAUCGGGAAAAGUAUAAUGAGCUUGCGCGGGAGUGGACUAGAAAGUAUGCUAUGUGAUGCGUUCCAGAAAAUAAUCUAGAAAUCAACAAAAACAACAUCAACCAGAGAACCAACAGUAACUACAGCAAACAACACCCACUUGUAUCAGAAUUUUUACUUGUGCUACUCCUUUUACUACUGCUCCAACCGUCGCCACUCAUGCGCAACAAUGUUGCCACGGGUGCUGAAGCCACCGUCGCCGUCGCAACCGCUGGGACGAAAAUUAGCGAUGUCGUUUCUGAUAGCAGCAGUAACAGUGUGACUCCUUCUCUAUCGACCACGAUCCUCCAGAGUUUCCGCCUCCACCUUAAUCCUCUUUCCUACAGUCGUCGUCGCCGCCGCCGUACUCGUCUUUGUAACUGUCGUCAUCCGCGCAAUGACCCACAGUGGCUGCUGGAUGGGCACAUGUACCGAGGAGACAAGCAGCAGCAACAAAAACAAUAUGCAAACAAUACGUUUACUAUUAUUUAUUAACACACACAUACCAACAGAUUAAUGUCAUGAAGAUCAGCUGGGACAACAAGAUCGCGAACCGUUACUGAGAAAAAGCUGAAAACAAAAGAAAAACAAUAAAUAAAUCUAUUGAUUACUCGUAAAAAAAAACUCAAUAUUCGCUCUGAGAUAAUCGUUUCGACGGCGGUUGCGCGCGUUGAUUUUUUGAACAAUUCCUCUAGAACCUUUCUCUCCGUCUGUGUACUAUAGUUGAAAAACAUACAUAAUCGACUGGUCCCCUUACGAUCCAAACUAUACAGAGGUGAACUAUCGGCACUCACUGUGUGUCCCAUUUCUUUCCCAAAGCAAACCCUUUUUUCAGAAGAGCGCUCCUUGUUCCAUUACAUUAAAAAACAUUAUUUCAAACUUUCUUACAAGAUUUCUUUCAACGUCUAAUAGCAAAUUAUUGCCGAUAUUCUUACUAGCUUCAAAUCUGCAGAGUGCAGCAGACUGCAAGGUUUUAGGUUGCUCCGGCCAGUUUCGUGUAAUGUACCCCCCUCCUAAGCAAAAUCAGCUACUCUAAGCUGUAAAAAAGAAGUGUGUUUGAUUUUUUUGUUUUGUAGCAACAAAAAAAAAAAACAAACAUUGCGGACGAUUAAAAAAAAGUGAAGUCAAAUAAAUGGUAGUGAUCAAAAAAAUUUAUUUUAUAUUUGCUUUAAAUACAGCUCAUACUUAUCGUACUUUGAAACAAAAAAAAAACACUGCAAAAAGAACAUUGUAGUACUAUAAUACAAGCAUUUCAAAAAAGCAAGAGGAGAUACAAGAUACUGAGAUAAGUGAGAUUUGAGAAGAAACUUAACUAAUGAUGAAAAGCAACCGCUCGAGGUUUAAAAAUAUGUGAGAAGCGAUAGGAAACAGCAGAAUACAGAACAAGAAAAAACUAUAAUUAAUUUUUAUUAGACUUUUUUUAAUUAGAAUAAUUAUUACUAUUACUGCUAUCUUAUUACUAGACACAUGAAAAAAAUACUGGAAGUAAAGCGAAACAAGAGAGAUAAAAAUCCA